AUGAACCAUCCCAUCUUCCUACCGUUUUAUCUUGGAUUUUUGGCUUGGCUGUGUCUCUUCUCAGUGAAGGCUGAAGAUCCAUACAAAUUUUUUACAAUGGAAGUUACAUAUGGACAAAUUAAUCCACUCGGUGUUCCGCAAAGGGGCAUACUUAUCAAUGGACGAUUCCCAGGCCCGACCAUUGACUGUGUCACCAAUGACAAUGUCAUUGUCAAUGUUAUUAAUAAGCUGGAUGAGCCCUUUCUUAUCACAUGGAAUGGUAUCAAACAGAGAAAGACCUCAUGGCAAGAUGGAGUGUUGGGAACAAACUGCCCAAUCCCUCCAAACUCAAAUUGGACAUACCAAAUGCAAAUGAAAGAUCAGAUUGGAUCCUUCUCCUACUUCCCUUCAACCCUGAUGCAUAGGGCUGCUGGUGGUUAUGGGGGGAUUAAUAUCUAUGCAAGGGCUGUGAUUUUUGUCCCAUAUCUCAAGCCAGUUGAGCAAUUCACCUUACUUGUCAGUGACUGGUGGAAAUCCGAUCACAAGGUGCUACAACAAACACUGGACUCUGGGAAACCUCUUCCUAUGGCUGAUGCUCUCCUCAUCAAUGGGCACCCUAGUUUAAAGUCUUUUACUGUUCUAGGAGGUCAAUUGUACAUGUUUAGGGUGUCAAAUGUGGCCUUGACUACUUCAAUUAAUUUUAGGAUCCAAGGACAUACAAUGACAUUGGUUGAGACAGAAGGAUCACAUACGUUGCAAGAAACGUAUGAAUCACUUGACCUUCAUGUUGGUCAAUCUGCUUCUUUCUUGGUCAGAAUGAGUGCUUCUCCAAAGGACUAUUUCAUUGUUGCUUCAACUCGUUUUACCAAGCCCAUUCUUACUGCUACUAGUAUUCUUCACUAUGAUGGCUCUAACACCAAAGCUUCUUUGCCAUUGCCUACUGCUCCCACAUAUCAUAUUCAUUGGUCAAUGAAGCAAGCAAGGACAAUCAGAUGGAAUUUGACAGCAAAUGCAGCUAGGCCCAACCCUCAAGGUUCAUAUCACUACGGGACAAUUCCAGUAACGAGAACGAUUGUGCUGGCUAAUUCAGAAGAAAAUAUCAACGGCAAGCUUAGGUAUGCUGUAAAUCAGGUGUCCUACGUUAACCCAGAAACUCCACUGAAGAUUGCUGACUUUUAUAACAUUUCUGGAGUCUUCAAAUUAAACUCAACCAAAGAUACACCCCAUUCAAUCCCUGCAACUCUUGGCACCUCUGUUCUUGGUUUCACUCUACAUGACUACGUCGAAAUCAUCUUCCAAAACAACGAGAACACCACUCAAUCAUGGCAUCUUGAUGGUUCAGAUUUUUGGCCUGUUGGGUUUGGGUCUGGCCAGUGGGACACCACAAAGAGGAGGAGAUUUUACAAUCUGAAUGAUGCUACCACAAGACAUACCGUGCAGGUAUAUCCAAAAUCAUGGAGUGCAAUAUUAGUUUCUUUGGACAACAAGGGUAUGUGGAAUCUGAGGUCUGCAAUCUGGCCAAGGCAAUACCUUGGACAGCAGUUGUAUAUUAAAGUUUGGAAUGAUGAACAGAGUUAUCGCACUGAAUAUGGCAUCCCAGAUAAUGCAUUAAGGUGUGGACAGGCACCAUUGAAGUAGAAAAUUAAGCUUCAAACAUUGUUUUGGAUCUUAAUCUGGUUACGAGGGUGUAACUGGGAGGGAAUAGACCAAAACAAUUAUCAUUUGUGUUUUAAUUUAAUACAAGUGAUUUUUCUCGUGGUUUAACAUAUUUAUUCUGUAAGUUCAGUUUAUAUAUCCGACAAAAAUAAAAUAGAUGUGUAUACGGAUAAUCCAUUCU